UCUCCGAAUCACUUCCAUAUUAACGUUGAGCUCGUCUCAAACUAUCUGAAAGUACCGUGCUCUGAGAAGAGCGUAGGGGUGGUUGGUGAUUCAAUCAACCCAAGGUGAGUCGCGUUAAGUAUUGGCAACUGUGAAGCAGUCAAGCGCUCGUCCAUUGAUCUUGACUUUACACCAUCACGCGUGCUCCGAGCCUAGCACUAUUGUCAGCAUGGGCCAACCAGUGCUCACAUGCACGACAAGCGUCCAGUAUGAAUGGCGGCUUGAUAUUUAUGUGGACGGCUUGGACAAGAAUUGGGGCUUGUCACGCCAAUAGGGAUCGUUCAUCGCGAAAUAACAGGUCGAUGUUGUACAUGAUCUAGUCGUGCAGCCUGGGAGAUGAUUAUAUCAACUGCACACGUUUCUUCUAUAGUUAACGAAGCUCGGAGCCUUGCGAAUACGCUAGUUUUAUGAAAGACUAACGUAAUUGCAAGGCCACAAUCUCGUAUAGUAUACAUCAGUACUUAAACUAUUGCCUUACCUUCGCAGAUAACCAAAGUCUUCUAGGUUCCUGCUCUUCCGAUGAUGAUCAUAGCUCGUGUAUUUCCUGUGUCCCUCGCAAGACAUCCUUCAAAGCAAGUUUUUAGAGGGUUUCUCUCUUUACGUCCCACCCCCAAGCGGAGCACCCUAUUUUCUCCUUCCCGCGGACGACGAUGGGGUCUAGUACUGGGAACCGUUCUAACGACCUCUGCAAUAGCCUUACAAACUGCUGUUUAUGCUGAUUCGGUCGAUAACGAGGAGGGGCCAGUCGAGAGGAAGCCUACGCCGCUUUCGAGUCUUGUGCGAUCAUACGUCGUGUAUACCGCAUGUUCUAUACCAGGAAUGGUCGACUGGUCGCCUACGAUUCUAUCUACUCUCAUGUCCGUUCCUGUGGUCAAACGAAUCACGGAGGCAGUUGUACGAAUAACGUUCUUUGAUCAGUUUGUAGGCGGUGAAUCCGCAGAGGGUACUCUUCCUGUUCUCGAGGACCUUCGCAAGGAAAACAAAGGAUGUAUUCUCGCCUACAGCGUCGAAGUGGAUGAGUCUGAAGCUGCGGGAGCCGCGAAGAAGCAGGAGGUUCCGGCGUACAAGCGGAUUGUUCAGGAAAUGAUUCAUAGUAUUGACGUGGCAGCUGAUUUUGAGGAGAAACAUGCCAGUGCUAGCGGCGUACGAGGCACUUGGAUUGCUGUGAAACUGACGGCUAUGCUUCCCAAUGCUCAGUCCUUAAUCAACCUCUCGAAACACCUCGUCGAUACCCGGCCGACUGUUCCAUCAGUGGUUCCUUUUCCUGGCGCACCCCAUCUGACAGAUCUCGACGUCCUUGAGAGUCCAACUAUACAGGGUACAUUACUGACUGAACGAGAUAUAAUCGACUUGAGAAACCUCUACGCGGAUUUGAUCAAGGUUUGCACUCGAGCGCAAGAGAGGGGGAUUCGGCUUCUAAUUGAUGCAGAAUACAGUUGGUACCAGCCAGCUAUUGAUGCAUUCACAUUGGCUUUAAUGCGUCAAUUCAACAAACUCCCUAAUGAUGAUACUAGCCCUUCUUCUAACUUUCAGCCUCUCAUCUAUGCGACGUUCCAGGCGUAUUUGCGCAGAACGCCGGCGUACGUUGCGCAGAGUCUUGCAGACGCGAGAGCCGGAGGCUACGCCCUUGGAAUCAAAUUGGUCAGAGGUGCUUAUUACCCUCACGAAACACAAGCCCACGCCUCUCAUACCUCAGAAGACGCUGCCAAGAAGCACAGUUCCUUGUCAAUAUGUCCGGAUUUAGAUCCACCUGUCUGGGCUACUAAGUCAGAGACCGACCAUUCAUACAAUAGUUCCGUGAAGGUGAUUCUUGACGCAGUUGUCAAGGAUAUGGAGCAGAACAGGCCGAGCACCCGAAAGGUUUCUUGGUUAUCAUUUCUCAAGAAAGAACAACGGGUUGGCCCUGGUUCUGCACCACUAACUAUUGGAGUUUUGUUCGGUUCACAUAACUGGGAGAGUCAGAAGCUGAUCUUGGAGGAACUUGUAAACCGAGGGCUAGCGACAGUUGAAGGCCCUACCGAGAAUGGUGAAACCAUUGUCCGCGUAGGUGACGAAGUGGCCCCUAGAGUCACUGUUGCCCAACUAUAUGGUAUGAAGGACGCGUUGACAAACUACAUCGUUGAUCGAACAAGGUCUUCAUCACCUUUUGUUGUUAAAUACAUUCCAUACGGCACAUUGGUCGAGGUUAUGCCUUAUCUUAGUCGACGGGCGAUCGAGAAUAAGUCCGUGCUUGGCAACGGCACUGCUGAAGAAGAGAGAAGACGGGCUUUAGAGGAGAUGAAGAAACGUCUACUGGGAUAGAUUUGAUGGAUUCUCGUCUGAUUAUUUACUCCGUGUGUUUUCACCAUGGCCUAUGUAGCAUCUCACUUCUGCCCUAUGCAACUGACCUAGACAACUGAGUACUUAUAGCACAUCCGUACCUUCAGACCUUAUCACGUUUGAUGAGAAAAGGAAACAAAGUGGAAAUAAGGAGACAGUUAUGAUAAGCCUCGGACGAGAAAGCCGAAGGGUAGAAUGAAGUGGAUCCGAAUUUGGUAGUCACACAUCCCAAAAUGGGAAGCAAUUGCACAUUUAAGGCU